AUGCCUUUCAAGCCCUUCGCACAUCUCGCUCGUGUCAGUGUUGCAAAGGGAAUCGCUCAUACCUACGCUCCAUCCGUUGUUGCUGCUGGCCAGUCUCUUGGACAGUUCCAAAAUUACCCUCUCACCAAAUUCGCAAAGACCGCCCAACUCCAAAGUGCUUUCGCGGGUCCAUCUGGCUCUGGCGCAGGCGCGAAGGCCGGAUACACUACACAAGCAGGAGGUGGCGAUGCUGGUCUAGCCCAGUACUAUGCGGCGUGGCAACAUGCGCAACAGACGGGCGACGAUUCGGAUUGGAAGCAGCAUGAACACGCGAGGAGGAUAGGAUGGAAAAAUCAAGACAAGGUCCUACCCAAUGCAAAACACCAGAGAGUCGAGUCUGUUCGUGCCGUGGACCUCCUCCGACCCUCGGCUCGCGUGUCCGUCUCGCGUGUCAACAGCGAACUUGCCACACCCAAAGUCCCCGAACCCGAAGAAGCCUUCGCCGAAGCACAAGCACUUGCGAAGGUGGAUCAGGAGAUCGCGAAGGAGAUAGCCUUGCACCAGGUUCAGAAGGACGCUGUCUUUCAUGAGGACGUAGGAAGUCCCGUUGCAAGCACACGGGUACCGACACCCCGUGAUGAGCGGACUCGUUUGAGCGACUUGGGAUCCUCGGCUUCUCCUGAGCAAUCCACCCCACCUACCGACAUCAUCUCGGUUGCAUCAGACGAGUCUGUCAUCUCCCAACAGAUUGUUGAGCUAGGCCAUCAACAACGAUACGCGGAAAUUCCUGCUUUGUUCGAAGCAAUUAUCAAGGAUGGCCAUGUGCCCACGACUGAAGCCUACAAUCAUAUACUGGUUUCCGCUAUCAAUCUCAGCAAUGGCUAUCAGCCUUGGCCCAGGGCUCUCGAAGUCUAUGGUGAUAUGGCGAAACGUUCAGUGGAACUCAAUGCCACCUCCUACAUGAUUCUGCUCCGCUUCCUAGCAGCCAGAAGUCUUGAGUCCUACCAGGUUCAAAAGAACCUUGGUGAGCGAGCUGCUCGUUACGGCAGUGGAGGCGCCUUGGUCUUCCCGUCGGCCACCAGACAACAGCAGUUAUACGCCGCCGACACAUCAAUUGCAUUUGCCACGAAGCUUUACAACAUCGCGCGGGCCACGCUCGAGGACUUCCACCUUUCUGCGACUGUCUACAACGCGCUUGUCAAGGCUUGUGCUCAGGCGGGAAUGAUUGACAAUAUGAACUCGCUGUUGGCCGACAUGAAUGCGCAGCAAAUUCCUCUUGCGCCUCAGCUGUACACGGUCGUCAUCGACGCCCAGGCUGCAGCACAAGACGUCCACGCUGCCCAGGGCUUGUACGAAGAGUACCGCGACUUGGCAAUUAGCAGAGCCGCCAAUGAUCCCCUUGACAUGAAGGUUUAUGCUUCCUUGAUCAAGGCUUACUACGCCUGUGGCCUUGCUGAGACUGGUCUACGCUUUUACGAGAAAGUUCUUCAGUCGUUCAAGAAUUCUGCAAAUGAGCAGGCGCUCUCGACUGACCUGACGAGUUCUUUCGUCCUGGACAGCCUUGUUCAACAUCACAUCGACAACAAAGCCUUUUCUGCUGCGAUCUCAAGCAUCGCCGAUUUCACUUUGGAUGCUGCUAUCCGCGACGAGGCACUUUCGAGGAUAUCUGUCGCUGCGGCUGACGCUGGCGACGUGGCUGAUGCCGUGCAGUCCUUUAAUGCGAUCAAUGUCGCCAACGUCAAGGCCGAGCCUGUUCUGGCGCUUACUGCUAUGCAUAUCCGGAAUGGUGGCAUCAAUGAGGCUAAGUCCAUCUGGAAUGGUGCUCGAUCUUCGCCAAUUGUUCCGAACACCGACUUCGCCACAAUGUACGCCUUGGCACUGAUCAGCUCCGGCUCUGUGGAAGAAGCUGUUGCUGAGGCUCGCUCCAUGUUCAUGCGCAUCCGAUCCGCGACUGCCACCGAUGCUACUCGUCAACUAGCUGUCGCCGAAAUUGACGAGGCAAUUAUCCUUUUUGGUGAAGCAUUGUCCCGUCAACAAGUCGCGGUUUCUCCAAGUACAAGCAUCUCGAUGUUACGCACCAUGAUCGAAAACGGUGGCCUGGUCUCUCCUGUGGCCGAGCAUGCCAUUGCCAGCCUGGGACCGGAUUGCGUUCAUCAGCUCAACGCUCAGGAUAUCGCUCUUGCUCUUCACGUGCAGGCACAGAUGCUUAUGUCUUCGCAGGGCGUUGAUAUCGCCCACCCUAUCCGAUUUGCUCAUCUGCUGGAAACCGUGCUCAACCGCGGCAUAUUGAUGGAUCCAUCGACGGUACACGUUGUAAGCGAAAGCCUGCCAAAAGUGGGUGCUGCUCGACCCGAUCUCCUCCAGCGUUGGAAGGAUCUCCUUCAACCUGCUGCACCGGCGCCCGUGACCUUGGCUCAAUCGCCCCUGUCGCCUCAUCCCGCGUCUCUCGACGGGUCGGCUGCUGACACCUACGAUCCUUACGCUCAUACAACAGACUUCCGAGCCUCCAAAGCCAUUUCUGAGAUGGUUGAGAGCACGACCGGACGCAUUGAGAACCAUCUCAAUGACGGUCUCGCCCGAUUGAGGAACGUCCGUCGCGCAGGCAGGAACUUGCAUUACUCUGCAUAUGCCAAGCUUAUCACUGCCGCUGGCAAGGCCAAGCAGCGAAACCUGAUUCAGGAGAUUUUGAGCAUGGCGCACUCGGACGUCCCAAUGUCCUUGCAGAUUCCAUCCGUCCGCCUUGGCUGGGUUUCCAUCUUGGACUCCAUGAUUGCAGCCUGUCUAACUGUUGGUGACGGGCAACGAGCGAGCAAAAUCCACCAAGACCUGCUGGAUAUGGGUGCGGCACCCUCUGCCAAUACUUUCGGCAUUUAUAUCACGACUUUGGAAGGCACCUUCGACGAGGCUACGGAAGCUGUCAAGAUCUUCCAACGUGCCUUGGCCGAAGGCGUUACCCCCAGCGUCUUUCUGUACAAUGCUGUCAUCGGCAAACUAGGCAAAGCUCGACGUAUUGAUGACUGUCUUCGCUACUUCGGCGACAUGGAGGGUCGUGGUAUCCGUCCCUCUUCUGUUACUUAUGGCACACUAGUGAAUGCUCUUUGCAGGACCAGUGAAGAGCGGUUCGCUGUCGACAUGUUCGAUGAGAUGGAGGCCGCACCAAACUAUCGUCCUCGGCCCGCUCCUUACAACUCGAUCAUCCAGUACUUCCUCAAUACCAAGCGGGACCGCAGCAAGGUUCUUCAAUACUAUGAGCGCAUGAAGUCCAAGAACAUCAAACCGACUUCCCACACCUACAAGCUACUCAUCGAAUCGUAUGCCUCGUUGGAGCCGGUCAACCUGGCCGCUGCCGAGUCACUCCUAUCCGAAAUGAAGCAGACCGGCAUUCAGCCCGAGGCAGUACAUUAUGGGUCGUUGAUCCAUGCCAAGGGCUGUGUCAUGCACGACAUGCCCGCCGCAAGAGCUGUCUUUGACUCGAUCUUGAAGGACGGCAAUGUCCGCGUCACAGACACGCUCUACCAGAACCUACUCGAGGCAAUGGUGGCCAAUCAUGAGGUGGAGAAGACACCUGAGCUUAUGGCCGACAUGCAGCGACGCGGCGUGUCGAUGACUCCCUACAUCGCAAAUACUCUCAUUCAUGGUUGGGCUGGCGUUGGUCAAAUCCAGAAAGCCAAGGCAAUCUAUGACGGACUUGGCAUGGAGAAGCGCGAACCAAGCACAUACGAAGCGAUGACACGAGCUUUCCUUUCUGUGGAGGAUCAUGCCAGUGCCAACGGCGUUGCUCAAGAAAUGCUGAGAAAGGGCUACCCUGCGGCUGUUGCUGACAAGAUCCUCGCCUUGGUUGGCGGUAUUACGGCCUAA